UCCAAUCCCAACUUGUUGGUUGCCCUGCUUGCUACAGCUCGUACAUAUGCUUGCUCCCCUCUUCCUUUGCCCCCCCCAGAUCCUUAUAAAUCCAGGCGCCGCCGAUCCCCGGACCAACCGGCAACCUCCGCCACAGCAGUAACAAGCAACCACACACACACACAACAGCGCCCAUUACGCCAUUACCUCCCUCCUCGAUCGAUCACAAACACACGCGGCAUUGUCAAGAACACCGAACCAAGCUGUGACGUAGCCUGCUAGCGGAGUCGUCUGUCAUGGACGGAAAGAAGAGAGCGCGCACGGAGGAGAUGGCUGCAGCACGGCCCGUGACGCCAGCCGGCCGCGGCGACGCCGACGCCUCGCCAUCGCCGGCGCGGAAGGCGCCGUUACCCGACGACGCGGCCGCCGAUGACGAACCCGUGACGGCAGCGGAGGAGAGCCGCGCCGGCGGCGUCGAGGAUGACGAGGAGGAGGACGACGACGAGCAGGUGGAGAGGUUCUACGCGCUGCUCGCCAACAUCCGGGCGCUGAGGGGCCUGCUGCCGCCACACGUGGCCCCCUCCUCCUCCUGCGGCGGCGGGGCGAGCUCGAGGAAGCGGCAGCGGGCCGCGGAGCCGCCCUGGAGGCCGGCGUUCAGGAUGGAGGACUUCGAGGAGCCCGCCGCUCCGGCGCCGCCGUCCAAGCGGAAGCACACGGAGGGCGCCGAGGACGGCGACGCGGAGAGCGCGAGCGGUGCGUGUCCGGCCGUCGUCGUCGCGCCGUCGCUGCCGCACGCGGCGGUACGCUCCGACAGCGGCAGCUGCAAGAAUUGACCACGUGUCCGCCGCGCACGACGACCAUCCGACCAGACCAAAUCCAGCCACAAAAAGUGUGUGAGAAAACAAGCGAAAUUCGGGGUGGAAUUCCCAUCAUAAAAACUCAUAGUUAAGGAGCCUGCUACGCAGACGCAGCGAAAGCAGCCACCGACACGGGACCAUGUGAAACACGCACUGUGCAGCGUGGAGUGUGGAUCGGGCGAUCGGUUCACGCGUGCAAACUUUGAAACCUGCACGCGAAAAGAAAAGCCUUGCUCAUCAUUUGAUCUACUAUGGCCUGUUUGGAACCAGGUGCUAAAAUUUAGCUUAGAAUUAAAAUUUAGCCCCCUCAAAUGGAGGGCUAAAGUUUAGCUUCUUGGAAUGUUUGGAUACAAUGCUAAACUUUAGCACCUUGGGUUGCAAAAAGCAAUUAUACCCCCA